UACUACAGUCUUCAGGUUUUGCAAUCGGACUGACAACACUACGCCAUGUUUAACCUCGCAACCAAGCUGUCCAGACUAGCCAGGGGCCGUUACCACUCACCCACGGUUGUCAGAUUAUUCUCCACGAAACUCCAUCACCACUUUAAGCCAAACCCAGUUGCUCUUCAAAUCAUCGAUUAUGCCUUUUCCCUUUCUAGAUCCCAGAAAUCAGAUGAAUCAUAUGGGCAAGGUUUGUUGGUGCUAGAACAGUGCGAAUCCAAUCAGCAUGAUGGUAAUUCCAAGGGAUUGGUUCUUCUUGCGAUGUCGACCCUUUUGUCUGAGAGAGGCAAUUUUCUUGAAGCUAUUGAGAAAUUGAAUACGAUUAAGGACCUAAAAGUUUCUUCUUUCCCUCUUAGAGUGGCUACUAUGGAAGCUCUUGCAGGACUCCAUUUGGAAUUAGGAGAAGAUGAUACUUCUUCAGUGAUAGCGGAUGUUUGCUUGAAUGAUUUAGAUGCUAACAAACCAGAACUUGAUGAUGGAUUUGGAUCAUUAAAUGCUCGUGCUAGAGCAUUAAAAGGGCUUACAGAGCUUGUUCAGGGAAACACAGAUUCAUCCCAAUCUUGUUUUACUGGAGCUGAAGAUAACUUGGGAAUUGGGAAUGAUGCUUUGUCAUAUGCUGAAUUCUUGCAUACAACACGGGAUUUUGAAACUGCAAAAAAAUUGUAUGAGAAUGUAAUCAAAGGGAUACCAGAAAAUAAAGAUUAUAGUGAUCCAUAUAACUUGGCUGCUGGAAACAUGGUAUGGGAGGAUAUUCUUUUGGCAGCAACUUGUGGUUUAGGACAACUUGAGUCACACAUGGGGAACUUUGGUGAUGCUGAAGAGAUACUAACAAGGGCACUGACAAUGACUGAAGAACGUUUUGGUUCUCAUCAUCCAAAGAUUGGAAUAAUAUUAACAUGCAUAGCUCUCAUGUUUAGGCACAAAGCAACAAUGGAGCAUUCUAGUUCCCUUAUGGUCCAAGAGGGGCUUUAUAGAAGAGCAUUAGAAUUGCUUAAAGCUCCUCAAUUGGAAACUGAAGCAGUUGAACAAUCAAAAGUGUAUAGGAAGGAUAUAAUCGCGCUUGCAAGAGGUGGGUAUGCUGAGACGCUGUGUGUUCAACAAAACCGUAAGGCUGUGGGGGAGAAGAUGAAGAGAUGGGCCGAGGGUGCGUGGAAUAACCGUAGACUCUCGUUAUCAGAGGCAUUGGAUUUAUCCAAAAUCUCCAUUAUAGAUGCUCGGAUUAGCAGGGCUUUGUAGAGUCUUCAAUCCAUCAAAGUUUUGAUAAAAGUUGAUUAACCAACAGUGUGACUGUAAAACCUUGUAUAACAUGUUUGAUCUUUGCAAAUAUAAAUAAAUAUAAUCUCGGAACUUCAGUUAAAA